AUGGCAGCAAACACCAACACGGCCUGGAUCGCCGCGCUGCAGGUAUCACGGAGUACCGACGAUGGCAAGACCUUCAAACCCCUCGGUGUCAUAGCCAAGGGCCCCCGCGACCUCAACGCCGGCUGCCUGCUCGAGCUUCCGACGACGACAACGGCCGCUGGCAACGCCACCACAGGCAAGCGCGCCUCGCCCACCAUCCUCGCGGCCUAUGAAGACAACGAGAUAACCGCAAACGGCACGUACGUGAUGUUCCGUCUCGUGGUGGCGCGCAGCGAGGACGGCGGCAAGACCUGGACCGAUCCGAAGACGGUGGUGCAGCGAUCCGCCACGCCCCUGCCCCUCCAGGUUUAUGGGCCGUUCCUGCGGAUCGCCGAGGACGGCAAGACGAUCCAGAUGACCUACUCCGACAUGUUGUCGGCCACAAAUCAGCAGAUCUCCCGCGUCACGUCGCUGGACUUCAGCGAGACGUGGACGCAGCCUACCAACCUGCGGCUGCAUCCCGACAAUGCGCGUAUGCGCGACGGCUCGAAUUCAAUCGUCUCGGUGGGCGAGAGGCUCGUCAUGGCGGUCGAUGUCCAGACGGACACGUCGAUGCGCCUGGACUACGUCAUCUCCGGGGACGACGGCCGGUCCUGGGGCGGUAGAGGCACCGUCUUCGACCCAGGGAGCAACAACACGGCGAUCUCAGGGCAGAUGGUCAGGAUCGGCAGUUAUCUGGCGGUCGUGUUCCUGACUAACAAGGACAUCGGCCCGAUCGACCCAAAUGCGGUCCCCGCGCCCUCGGGAGACCCGGCAGGUGUCGGGUACGCGAACAGGGUGGUGUUCUCGGAUGGGAUUGUCAGGGACGGGCGCCUGAGGUGGACGGAGACGCCUUUGGAGCUCUGGCCGGUGGAUUCUGAAUGGACGGGGGCUGUGCAGUUGUCGGACAAGUCCAUCAUGGCGCUGUCGUGUCGUGAUUUUGCUGCGUAUGGGAAGAUCGUGUCAAUGACAUAG